AUGGCUGCUCAACAAUCUGAAAAGGUUCUUACUGAAUUGUUCAGCAAGUUAACUGUCGCCUCUGCUGAUGAAAGAGACGCUGCUGCUGCCAACGUUUCUUCUUUCUUGAACGGUUCUAUCAUCGAACAUGAUAUUCCAUUGGAAUUCUUCGAACAAUUGAAGAAGACCGUCAACAACAAGAAGGAUGUCAACGGUUCCAUCAACGCUUUGGAAGCCGUCCGUCACAUUGCCACUCCAGGUUUGUCUGCCUCUGUUGAACCAUACUUGGUUGAAUUGACCGAAGAUGUUGCCGCUAAGGCCGGUGAAAAGAACGCCGAUCUCAGCAAGUCUGCUUCUGCUGCUUUGUUGGCCAUCGCUCAAUCCGUCACCCCAACCUCUAUCAAGACUAUCUUGCCAAAAUUGACCACCAGAUUGUCUACCACCAACAAGUGGACUGAAAAGGUUGCCGUCUUGGCCGCUAUUGCCGCUUUGGUUGAUGUUGCCAAGGGUCCAAUUGCCUUGAGAAUGACUGAAUUGGUUCCAGUUUUGUCUGAAGCUAUGUGGGAUACCAAGGUUGAUGUCAAGAAGGCUGCUACCGCCACCAUGACCAAGGCCACUGAAACCGUUGACAACAAGGAUAUUGAAAAGUUCAUUCCAAAAUUGAUUGAAUGUAUCGCUAAGCCAACUGAAGUUCCAGAAACCGUCCACACUUUGGGUGCUACUACUUUCGUCGCUGAAGUUACCAGAGCUACCUUGUCCAUCAUGGUUCCAUUGUUGUCCAGAGGUUUGGCUGAACGUGAUACUUCUAUUAAGAGAAAGGCUGCCGUUAUUGUUGACAACAUGUGUAAGUUGGUCGACGAUCCACAAGUUGUUGCUCCAUUCAUGGAAAGUUUGUUGCCUUCUUUGAAGACUAACUUGUCCACUAUUGCUGACCCAGAAGCCAGAGGUGUUACCCAAAGAGCUUUGAACACUUUGAGAAGAGUCGGUAACAUUGGUGCCGAUGACAAGAUCCCAGAAGUCUCUACUGCUGGUGAUAUCGAAGUUACCAAGGGCGAAUUGUUGAAAUUGCUCAAGGACAAGAAGGUUGACUCUAGAUUCGACGUUGCCGUUAACUAUGCCUCUGGUAUUGCGGGUGACUUGAUUGAUGAAAGAGACAUUCACCCAGGUUCUUGGUUGACUAACUUGUUGCCAUUCAUGACCAUCUUCUUGCACGAACAAGAAGCUAAGGAUCUUAUUGAAGAAUGGAGAAAGGCUGCCAUUGACAACAUUCCAGAACCACCAAGAUUCGACGAUGAAGAAGAUGAAGGUGAAGACCUUUGUAACUGUGAGUUCUCCUUGGCUUACGGUGCUAAGAUCUUGUUGAACAGAACUCAAUUCAGAUUGAAGAGAGCUAGACGUUAUGGUUUGUGUGGUCCUAACGGUGCCGGUAAAUCUACCUUGAUGAGAGCUAUUGCUAACGGUCAAGUUGAAGGUUUCCCAUCCCAAGAUGAAUUGAAGACCGUCUACGUCGAACACGACAUUGAUGGUUCUGAAGAUGACACCUCUAUUGUUGACUUCGUCCACGGUACUGGUGAAGUUGGUACUAAGGAACACGUUACCCAAAAAUUGAAGGAAUUCGGUUUCACCGAUGAACACAUCAAUAUGUCUAUCCACUCCUUGUCUGGUGGUUGGAAGAUGAAGUUGGCUUUGGCUAGAGCUGUCUUGAGAAACGCCGACAUUUUGUUGUUGGAUGAACCAACUAACCAUUUGGAUACCGUUAACGUCGCUUGGUUGGUGGACUACUUGAACACUUGUGGUAUUACCUCCAUCAUUGUUUCCCACGAUUCUGGUUUCUUGGACAAGGUUUGUCAAUACAUUAUCCAUUACGAAGGUUACAAGUUGAGAAAGUACAAGGGUAACUUGUCUGAAUUCGUCAAGAGAGUCCCAGCUGCUCAAUCUUACUACGAAUUGGGUGCCUCUGACAUUGAAUUCAAGUUCCCAGAACCAGGUUACUUGGAAGGUGUCAAGACCAAGCAAAAGGCUAUCGUCAAGGUUUCUCAAAUGUCUUUCCAAUACCCAGGUACUACUAAGCCACAAUUAACCAACAUUAACUUCCAAGUUUCUUUGUCCUCCAGAAUUGCUGUUAUUGGUCCAAAUGGUGCUGGUAAGUCUACCUUGGUCAAUGUCUUGACCGGUGAAUUGUUGCCAACUACUGGUGAAGUUUACGUCCACGAAAACUGUCGUAUUGCUUACAUUAAGCAACAUGCUUUCGCUCAUAUUGAUUCCCACUUGGACAAGACCCCAUCUGAAUAUAUUCAAUGGAGAUUCCAAACUGGUGAAGAUAGAGAAACCAUGGACAGAGCUUCUAGACAAAUCAAUGAAUCUGAUGAACAAGGUAUGAAGAAAUUGUUCAAGGUCGAAGGUACCGCCAGAAGAAUUAGAGAAAUCACUGCCAGAAGAAAGUUCAAGAACUCUUACGAGUACGAAAUUGGAUGGUAUUUGGUUGAAAACCCAGGCUUGAAGAAUGAAAGACAAGUCCCAAUGAUGUCUGUUGACAACACUUGGUUGCCAAGAGGUGAAUUGGUCGAAACCCACUCUAAGAUGGUUGCUGAAGUUGAUAUGAAGGAAGCUUUGGCUUCUGGUCAAUUCAGACCUCUUACCAGAAAGGAAAUCGAAGACCACUGUGCUAUGAUGGGUCUUGACGCUGAAUUGGUUUCCCACUCCAGAAUCAGAGGUUUGUCUGGUGGUCAAAAGGUCAAAUUGGUUUUGGCUGCUUGUACCUGGCAAAGACCACACAUCAUCGUUUUGGAUGAACCAACUAAUUAUCUUGACAGAGACUCUCUUGGUGCUUUGUCUAAGGCUAUUAAGAGUUUCACCGGUGGUGUUGUUAUCAUUACUCACUCUGCUGAAUUCACCAAGCACUUGACUGAAGAAGUCUGGGCUGUUCUUAACGGUACUAUGACCCCAUCUGGUCACAACUGGGUCCAAGGUCAAGGUGCUGGUCCAAGAAUUGAAAAGAAGGAAGAUGAAGAAGACAAGUUUGAUGCCAUGGGUAACAAGAUUGCUGCUGUCAAGAAGAAGAAGAAGUUGAGUAGUGCUGAAAUGAGAAAGAAGAAGAAGGAAAGAAUGAAGAAGAAGAAGGAAUUGGGUGACGCCUAUGUUUCAUCUGACGAUGAAUUCUAA